AUGGAGAAGCUAAUAAUUCUAUUGCUUUGCUCCAUAAUGUUAUCCAUGCCAAUGGUUGAAGGCAUUGCUGAGGGACCAAAAGCAGUCGAAGAAUGGUUCUCAAAGCACAGGCACAAGAAGGAAAAAGUAACCAAACUUCACUUCUACUUCCACGACACACCAAGUGGAAAGAAUCCAACAGUUUUGCAAGUGGCCCAAGCAAAUGGUAGCUCCACAUCACCUACCUUAUUCGGGUUAGUCUUCAUUGCAGAUGACCCAUUGACGGUAGGGCCCGAACCCAAUUCCACUCUGGUGGGUCGAGCCCAAGGGAUGUACAGUUCUGCCUCGUUGGAGGACAUAGGUCUGGCUAUGAACUUGAACUUUGUGUUCACAGCUGGGAAAUUCAAUGGCAGCACUUUCAGUCUUGUUGGAAGGAACCAAAUAUUCCAUGAGUACCGUGAAAUGGCCAUCGUCGGAGGAACUGGUGUUUUCCGACUAGCACGUGGAAUUGCAACCGCAAAAACGUUUACUUUCAAUACUACCUCCGGUGAUGCUGUGGUUGAGUACAAUGUCAUGCAUUUGAUGAACCAAACUCCGCUGGAGGAGUUUGCGCUCCAUAUGAGCAUCAACUUGGUGUUGGUAAAUGGCUGA